UUGGAAGUGAGGCAAAAUCACUGCUGCAUAAGUCUGUUUUUUGAGGUUGAGGACAUUUUCUUCAACCGCCCUUCCACCCCCCCGACACACACCCAUCCGCGUCCAUGGCGUCCCGGAGACUUGCUCUGAACCUCGCCCAGGGCCUGCGUGGCCGCUCUGGAGGUCUUUCUGUCCCCGUCAGACGAGGCCUUGCGACACCUCACUCGCCCGCCCUCAAGACCCAGACGACGACACUCAAGAAUGGCCUGACUGUCGCAACCCAGUACUCUCCCUAUGCGCAGACCUCGACGGUCGGCAUGUGGAUCGAUGCCGGCUCCCGCGCCGAGACCGACGAGACCAACGGCACUGCCCACUUCCUCGAGCACUUGGCCUUCAAGGGCACAUCGAAGCGGACUCAGCAGCAGUUGGAGCUUGAAAUUGAGAACAUGGGCGCCCACCUCAACGCAUAUACCUCGCGCGAGAACACCGUCUACUUCGCCAGGGCCCUGAACGAGGACGUUCCUCAGUGCGUCGAUAUCCUCCAGGACAUUCUCCAAAACUCUAAGCUUGAGGAGUCGGCUAUUGAGCGGGAACGUGAUGUCAUUCUCCGUGAGUCGGAGGAGGUUGAGAAGCAGUUGGAGGAAGUUGUUUUCGAUCACCUGCACGCCACCGCUUACCAGCAACAACCCCUCGGCCGCACUAUCCUCGGCCCCCGCGAGAACAUCCGUGACAUCACCAGGACCGAGCUUACCAACUACAUCAAGAACAACUACACUGCCGACCGCAUGGUUCUUGUCGGAGCCGGUGGUGUUCCCCACGAGCAGCUCGUCGAGAUGGCUGACAAGUACUUUGCUGGCCUCCCCUCCAAGAGCCCCGAGUCCGCCGCCUACCUCCUGUCCAAGAAGAAGGCCGAUUUCAUCGGCUCCGAUGUCAGAAUCCGCGACGACACUAUCCCCACUGCCAACAUCGCCAUUGCCGUUGAGGGCGUCAGCUGGAACGACCCUGACUACUUCACUGCCCUCGUCACCCAGGCUAUUGUCGGCAACUAUGACAAGGCUCUUGGCAACGCUCCUCACCAGGGCAGCAAGCUCAGCGGCAUCGUUCACAAGAAUGAUCUUGCCACCAGCUACAUGAGCUUCUCCACCAGCUAUAGCGACACUGGUCUGUGGGGCAUCUACAUGGUCACCGACAAUCUCGCCAACGUCGAUGAUCUUGUUCACUUCUCCCUCCGCGAGUGGACCCGCCUCUGCGGCAGCGUCACCCCCGCCGAGGUUGAGCGCGCCAAGGCCCAGCUCAAGGCCUCCAUCCUCCUGUCCCUCGACGGCACCAGCGCCGUUGCCGAGGAUAUUGGUCGGCAAAUCGUCAACACUGGCCGCCGCAUGAGCCCCGGCGAGAUCGAGCGCGUUAUUGAUGCCAUCACGGAGAAGGACGUCAUGGAGUUUGCCAACAAGAAGAUCUGGGAUCAGGACAUUGCCAUCAGCGCCGUCGGCAGCAUCGAGGGUCUGUUUGACUACGCCAGAAUCAGAGCCGACAUGAGCAGAAACUUUUAGACAGCCCCCUUGAGUUGAAAAAAGAGAGCAAGUAAAUAAAUCUGAUGGGGAGUACGAAGAGCAGAUAGUGUUUUUUUUGCUUCUCCGACAGUCUUGAAAGGGGCGUGUCUGUGUGAUGAGUGUGGUGUUUGUACAACGGGGACGCCGGCGGAUUAAAAAAAUCACAGUGUAUUAUAAUUCGGUGGUUUGUCUGUUUCAAGCUAGUCCGCCAAAAGGAAGAGAAGGAAAAUGGCAAGGGGAGGGGUGAAUGGGUGAAAGGGAAGGGGAAGAGACCUAUGAAUUGUACUGUAGAGAGAGGGGUUCUGGGUAGACAUAGAGCCAAUCGACACUGCUUCUUUGCUUAAGCCUGACCAUCUUGCUGAAUGAAAACGUGGGGGUUUGGU